GUUUACAAGCAAAAUUAUUUAUGAAUGGACAUGCUUGACAAUUGAAUUAAUCUGAAAGCAAGUUUCAAUAUAAGAUGUUUCAAUAUACUAUGAUAAUUUGAUCAUAAAUUUCAUUAUAAUUACAUGAUCUAAUGAAGUGUGAUAGAAAGUGCAACAUUGCGUGACUAAUAGAAUUCAAAUUAUUGUUAGUUUCACGGAUACUUUAUGUCACAAUGCUCUAUUCUUUGAGUAUAUCAUAUCUACAUCUUAUUUUCUUGUUUAAGAUAAAUUUACUCUUAUCGAAACUCAGGAAACUCUUUCACACUAAGCAUCUAAGAUCGUGGCUGUUUUAUGCAACAAGAUCCAUAAACCUUACAUAUGAGAGUCUUGAUUGAUUCAUGGAUACUGAAAGAAUCUUUAUUGUCGGUAGUUAUGACAACAACUUCCUUUAAGGAACAUAUGAUCUGUGAAAAUUUUUAUAUGCUCUAGUUGAUUGUUUCCUCAUAUCCUCUACCUUGUAAGAGAAAAGUGAUGUGGUAACUAUUAUUAAGAUGAAGAAGACUAUUGCUAUACUGAUUUCCUAACAAGUAUAAGAUUGAAUGUUUAAUUAAACAAUUAUUAGAAGUUUUAUAUUUUUGAAAUUGCUUCUUUCAGUAUUCUUCUGUAGAUUUCUUUUUCACAACUUUGUUAAAUCAACUUCCAGCUGUAUGUUUCAUGCAAUUUACAUAGUACUUGCAAUCCUUGAUUUAAAAAGGACUUGCGUCAUUUUGGCUGUGACAGUGAACAUUAAACAAUAACUUGCUUGAGACAAUGGUGCAAGCCAGCUCUUUCUUCAGUUGGCAAAUUUAAAUGAGCGACGAUGCUGGUGAGAGAAGACUGCUUAACAUUCUUCGCAAGAUUGUGAAUUAUUUUGCAAUAUUCCCGGCAUUUCCUUGUUUCUUCAGCUUUUUGAUUGGCUCCACUCCAGAAGAAAUUUCAUAAUUUAGUCUUCAAAUGGAAGAAAUACUUCUUGCUACUUUCCAAUUAAUUUCUUCCUCAUUCUAGAGUGAAGGUCGUCAUCAUUAAGUCCAUUACCAUUAAAAAAUACAAUAUUUCAUUCUACAAGGAUAUUCAAUCUCAGAGAAGAAGAGAAGAGAAGAAUCCAUUGAAACAUUUAAUUGCAUUUCAAUAAUUUUCUACAAAAUUCUCUUUCUUCAUCUUCCAUACUCUCCCAUCUCUUUAUCCUCUUUAAUAAUGAGCAAAGGUGUUAAAAACUGAUUUAUGUUGGGUUUGGGUCCUUCUUCUUCACUUUUCAUAUCAAUUGUUAUCUAUUUCUUGUCCUUUUUAUAAAUGGACUAAAGUAUUAAAAGUUAGUUUCCAUAAUAAAUCUGUUUCCUUAUAUUCAUUAUUCUCUUUCUUUACCUUUGACAUCAGAUAUUUCUUCUCUUCUUUUGAAAUUCACUAAGAUGUUAAAAAUUGGUUUUCUCAAUAAGUUUCUUUUGUUACAUUCAUUAUGCCCCUUGCCUUUCAUAGCAAGUAUUCCUUAAACAUUAAUCAGAAAUGGAUUCUAUAGUGCACUGAACUAAGAUCUCAUGGUACAUUCAACAGCAGAACUCUUCAACUGAUUGAUAUUUCCAUGGGGCAGCGUUGCACGUGCCAGGUGAAACGACGAUGCACGUAAUCGAACAGUAAAUGAGCAGUUAAUUGCAUCGCUGAUAGAAUCUUUUCCACCUGAAGAAUUACGGGACGUUUCAUCUCAGGUUAUGUUUGUUGCAACAUAAUAAGACAGUUGAUUUCAGUUAAUGAAGCAUUUCAAGAUAUGGACUCUUCUUGGAAUGCUACUCAUUUUCCUACUGUUAUUUUUAGAAGAGAUUGUGGAGCUAUUUGUUUUAUUUCUAUAAUAAGACAGACUUAGUGCAUAUUAAUUUAGCAAUCAGGAACCGAGACAAGUCCGAAGGAAACAGUCUCGCACGCAUUCAUUGUACCGGGGUCAUCACAGCCAGAAGAUCAAGUAGAAAUGAGGCGGAAGGCGUGUAAUUAAAUCGUUGCGAAAUCCCUGCGAAUAAGCGACACAUACGCAUAGUGAAAUACAGUAUUCCUCGAGCAAUUACGUCGCUCUUUGUGCACUUCUCCUAUUAUUCUCUUCUCAAUUGCUUCUCGUUGCUAAUGAUUUAAUUUUACUUUUCCGAUAUUCUAUUCCUAAUCUAUAAUUGGCCCAUUUCUUCUUUCUUUUCAUUCCAGACAAAAGUCUUCUCGAUCACUGUAUUCGCUUAUAAUAUCAUUAAUCUCUUCUUUUAUGAUUUUUUUAGUAAAUAACUGAACAUUAACUCAGUAUUUAAUUCCUAUAAUUAGAUCAUUUCUUCUUCCUCAUAAUUGCAAUAAGUUAUACUCAAUUAUCGUCUCUUUAAUUAUUCUUCACUUAUAGUGAUUGUGAUCUUCUGUCUUAUGAUUUUUUUAAUGAGUAAAUAAGCAUUAGUUGUCCAUUGUUAUAGCACCAUGUCAGGUAAUGCAAUAUGAAAAUAUGACAUACAGGAUGUUACAAAAAUGAUCUGAAUCUUUAAAAAAGUAAUUUAGCCUGUGUUACAAAUUCAAUCUACCUUUAUCAAAUUAGAACUAUGUAUAUUUUUUGCAACAAAUGUGACUCGUUGGGUUAAAUCUGAAAUAGCUUAGUUAGAAACGACGACUUAGUUAAAUCGACAUCAUACAAGAACAUUCAAUGAGCUUGUAAAAAUCUAAUUACUGCCACUUAUACAGGAUAUGUGUCCUAAGGUGUUAAGUAGCAUAAUCUCUUAAGCCACUAAUUAAAGAAAACAACGCCCGCGAAUGUCGCAUUAUACAUCUAUCGACUUGUUGCCAAAUCCAAGUAUAGACUAAUUUGCAACACGCCAACAGUUCAUUAGAUUCGCAUCACGUGCUGCGUUUUGUGCUCGCAGCUGACACGCGUUUCGCCGAGAAGAGGAAAUGCACUGCCAUUAAAGGCUGCGCCAUGAUUCAGUGUGUUGUUGUGUAAAUAGGAGUAGGUGGACGAAGUAGGAGGAUAUCUUUGAAGAAACAACAAUAAUCCUUGCAAUCAUAGCAAUACUUUGCAUGGCAAUAGUGCACGUGAUAUGUGACCUACCACCAGGGACAAGGCGCAACACUUAUUUGCCACCUGAACCAACCAAGGGUUACACCUACGAUACGCCUCGGAUACCAUUUACAAAACCAACCACCCCACGACCGUCAUUUCCCACGACGACGCCAUAUUCAUCACGUCCAUACUCCAAACCGACCCCCUCCAAAUUUCCACCAUCGAGAACUACUCCUAGCGAAGGGUAUCCACCAACAGGUACCAGACCCACCCCAGAAUUUCCUGAUUAUGGGACACCCACUAGGCCAACUGGAACUACUUUACCUGCUGGUGGGCACGAUCAUCAUCAUCACGAGCCAGGAAUGCCAUUCGACUUCAACUACGCUGUGAAGGAAGACGCCUUUGGAAAUGAUUAUUCCCACAACGCGAUAAGCGACGGAGACAUCGUCCGUGGGGAAUACAGAGUCCAGCUUCCGGACGGAAGGCUGCAGGUCGUUCGUUACACCGCCGAUUGGAAACACGGCUUUAGUGCGCAGGUCUCAUACGACGGGAAUCCCCGCUUUGACGUACCACGACCGCCUGGCAAUUUUGCUGGAUAUUAGGCUAUUAGUGGACUGUGGAUGAUUAUGCAUUUAUUUAAAGAAAAUUUAAAAGUGCAAAACUGUAUAAAAUGCGAAAAUAUAAUUUCAAGAAAAUAUCUAAAAUAGAAGUACAGUCCGGAUCAAUAAAACUUAAAGUUAUAAUCAAAGGAUAUCAACUAGAACUUAAACUGAAAUCUUAAAAACACGAACUAAAAGUCAUGAAAAUACGAAAAAGAAUUUUAUAGUAAUUAAUAUCAAACUCUUGCGUAAAAUUGUACAAUGUAGAAAUAGGUCUUAUAUAUAAAAGUUACUUGUUAGAAUUAUGACAAUUGGAUCCACAGUGAACGUAUUAAUCGAGACCCCAUUGUACUUAUUAUAAUAUGUAGUAAGUGAACCAAAUCUCCAUUUAAGUUCCACUUCUUUAGCUAUAUUCUCCAAAAUACGAAAUUGCAUAAAUAUCCGCAGUCUAGCUAUUAGAGUCUAAUCUGUGGUUGCGAACCAUGUUAACACGUUUGUCUUGCGGUUCUUAUUGUUAAUCUUUACCGUACUGUCUCUGUGUCUCCAUUUGUUGCCGCUAACUAACUGAGGUCAUUGUCUGGAUUAUCGAGACGUUUCUUUCAGAUCGUUAGUGUCAUCAAAUAGGUAGUUCUACGAGGGGCGUCGCCACUGUCACAUGCAAAACUCUUCUUUGAUCUUCACAAUGGUUUUUAAAAAAUGCAAAAAUCAGUGAAACAAGUAUUUAGAAAUAUUAUUAUGAAAAAUAUAAUUUUUUAAUUGUUAAAAUUAUUAAUAGUUACUCUGAAACUUUGGAUUAAAAUUUUAAGAUACCUAGAGCAAAAGAGGAAUUCUGCAAGUAUCCUCCUUUACAAUCUACCAUUUUGUUUAUAGAAUAUAAAUGAAACAAUAUUGUUUCUGCGAUCACAAA